AUGCUCUUCAAACAGGCCAUCCUCCUCUCAGCCCUGUCCACCGUGACCUACGCUACACCUACACAUCUCACCUCCUUUGCAAUCCGCGACAACUACCCUACAAACAUUGGCAACCCGUCAUACUGUGAAAAAGUCGGAAUAUGCAACACCACAAGACUCCCCAACAGCCGAACGCAGUGCACCGAUGACGAGAAAUUGACAUGCCAAUACUACAGCUGCAACGUCGCUUGGUCCGAAUGCCAAGAUUAUAACAGCUUCGCAUCCUGCUCCAACGCCCUGAACCAAUGCGAACCGGUAGGAGGGCGCCCGAUUUCUGACAAAGAUUGUGCCAAGCUCUUCACAGGCUACGACGGUAGUGUCUGUAUGGAUUGCACGUCGGGUAUUAAUGGGCGGUGCCAUAUCAAUCCGGAGGCAUAUAAGCAAUUCUCUGAAGGAGAUGCGUGCAAGAAGUCGACUGAACAGUGUGUCGAUGAAGACUCUUGUAUUGAUGCUCUUUUCGACUGCGAAUAUGUUGGGGGUCCGAAGAUUAGCGAGGAUAAGUGCAAGUAUGUGAUUAUUGGGUCGAAGAAUGACACGGGGGUGCCGAUGGAGGUUGCUUGUGAGGAUUGUACUUCCUAUCAGAAUGGGAUGUGUUUGCUGGAUGAGAUGAACCUUGAGGCGUUUGAACAAGAUUACGAGCUUGUCUAG